GCACGGAAUACAGAAUGAUGGAGGUAGCCCAGAACAGCAGCGCGAUGCAUUCUUCCACAAAUAGCAGUAGCAGUGAGAUAGUGUACGGCGCUACUGGAUCAGUCGGUUCAACAGGUGAUGACAAUCGCGUUAUGUCAGAAAAAGUGCAAAUGCUUGCUUCAUCAAUUUACAAAGAGUUCGAAACUAUGAUAGGGAAAAAUGGAGAGGACAGUGUCAAAAAUCUUAUGCCACUAGUUGUCAAUGUACUGGAAAGUCUGGACCUUGCAUAUCUGGAAAAAGAAGAGUGCUCAGUUGAUUUGGAAAUGCUUAAGGAAGAUAAUGAGCAACUGAUAACACAGUAUGAAAGAGAAAAACAGCUAAGGAAGGCGCAGGAUCAGAAAUGUUUGGAAAUUGAAGAUUCACUGAUGGAACAAAAUCGGGAACUUGAGAGUAAAAUUGAAUCUUUGGAGUCGAUAAUGAGAAUGUUGGAGCUAAAAGCAAAGAAUUCAUCUGAUCAUGCUGCACGUCUGGAAGAACGAGAAGCAGACCAAAAAGCUGAAUUUGACAAAUUACACGAGAGAUAUAAUGUUCUGUUGAGGACACAUAUUGAUCAUAUGGAAAGAACAAAAUAUCUAAUGGGAAGUGAAAAAUUCGAAAUGAUGCAAAGCAUGCCUUUACCUUCACAGCAGUUAAGAACAAAAUUGGGAAUGGCAGCUUCAGUAGAUGCAAGCGCGAUUCGUGGAGUAUCUGAUUUGAUAAGCGCUCAUAUGUCACAGAGUACCACACUUGAUGUCAACCUUGCCAAUCAUAUUAGCAGCGAAUCUGAUUGGCAUGAUGAAUUCGGCCAGAAUGCCUCUGACAUAUUGCAGUCACCUCGUGAUUACUCUUCUUCAGCCGUGGAAUCGCCGCGUGAGGCACCUCCAAUACUUCCUGAUAGCACUGUCCAGUCUUCCACAUCUGUUCCAACAGUAGUUGCAAUAACCAACGAUUCUGUGGAUUCUCUUGGCGCAGAUCUAACAGGAAUGGGCCGUGAGGUGGAGAAUUUAAUCAAGGAAAAUACGGAAUUACUGGAAACGAAAAAUGCUCUUAAUAUUGUGAAGAAUGAUUUGAUUGCUCGUGUUGAUGAAUUGAGCAGUGAACAAGAUAUAUUACGUGAAGAGAUUCGAAGUUUGGAAAUGGUAAGAUCGAAGAUGGGUGAACGAAUAAAGGAACUCGAGUCGGAUGUUCGUGAUCUCAAAGAGAAAUUAGAAGUUCGGAGUGAAGAUGAUCAGGAGGAUCUACCGAUGGCACAGCGAAAGCGUUUUACACGACUUGAAAUGGCUCGUGUUCUGCUGGAACGUAAUCAAUACAAGGAAAAAUUAAUGGAGCUCCAGGAAGCCAUGAAAUGGACUGAAAUGCAACGUGCUAAACGUUUAAAUGCUCUAAAUACUAAAAAGAGUAGCGGAAUCUGGGAAUUUUUCUCUGGUUUAUUUAUGCACGAACCGCCACAUAGUUCAAAUCGUCGCAGAAGAACAGCUGGUAGUGAGCGUGAUACCCUUCGUCGCUCUAAUGCAAAAAUAAAUGAUUUCAUGGAUAGUGACUAUUCAUCUGAAAGAAGAGCUGCAGAACGUCGACAGCAGUAUAAAAUUGUAAAGGAACAUAUGAACCGUGAAGAAAGUGAUCGUUUCCAUGCGUAUGGAUGGUCUGUUCCAGCGGUUUUUGGUGAAAGUAAUGACAGUGCUGUGGUGCCAGUCCCAGUGUUUUGCAGACCACUCAUUGAUUUGGAUUCUUCAUUGAAGAUUUGGUGUUCAUCGAGUGUAACUUUGCGAGGGGGUAGAACACUUGAUGGUGGAUAUAUUGUUGACGACUCAAUAUUUUGUUUGGAUCCUAAAACUCCAAGUGAAUCUACGCCGCUUGAAAAGUCGAUAAAUCAGCUUGAUAUCGAACAUAAGGAACCAAUGGAGGAUGAUCGUCAAGUGGAAAUACUUGCAUGGAAGAGUUCAAGUUUGCUGUGGGUGUGCAGUUCAAAUCAAAGACAUAGCCAUGUUGUUAUACUAGAUGCAAAUAAUCCAAACAGUGUUAUCGAUACGUUCCAAGCAUGUUCCGCACACGUUCUCUGUGUCUCAUCUGUACCAGGUGUUCAAGAGUUUGAUUAUCCUUUGGAAGAUACGAACUGGAAAAAUUUUUGUCGUGGUGGUGGUUAUGUGAAAGACUUGCCAUCAGAUAUCAACGAGCAGGAACAAUUUGGUGCUGUGCAUUGGGUGGAGUUGCGAAAACUUGACUCGGAUGAAGACACAACGCUAACUUACUGUGGCCCCGGCCAGAAACCUUCUCCGCAGCGUUCGCGAGAUUUCAGCGUUUGUGAACAAACUGGACCGAGUACAUCCGAGAGUAAUCAAGGCCUAAACGAAGUGACUGAGCUCGAUGCCUUGGAACAGACAGAGAAGCAUGGUAUUGGUACACUUCCAGCUCAUAUUAAAGAUAGACUCAACAAGUAUGAAGGACUAUCAGACAAUAUGACAACGCUUCCAACAAUGUGGAUGGGAUCUCAGAAUGAUUAUAUAUUUAUUCAUUCGGCUGUAUCGAAAUGGCGUAAAUGUUUGCGGCGUAUAAAGAUGCCUGACGCGGUCCUUUCCAUUUUACAUUACAAGGGAAGAGUAUUCGCUGCAUUGGCUAAUGGAUCUAUCGCUGUUUUUCAUCGAGAUGCAGCUGGUGGUUGGUCCGAAGCGGGUUACCACUGUAUUACUGUUGGCCGCGCAACAAGUUCAGUAAGAUCACUUUCGAUAGUGGGCGAUCGUUUAUGGGCUGCUUACCGCAACUGCAUCAUUGUUAUUGACCCAAAAGAACUUACUGUAAAGAAAGUUUUUGCCGCACAUCCGAGACGAGAUAGUCAAGUGCGUCAUAUGCAGUGGGUUGGUGAUGGCGUAUGGAUCUCCAUCCGACUUGAUUCAACACUUCGACUUUACCAUGCCUAUAAUUAUGAACAUCUUCAAGAUAUUGAUAUUGAACCGUAUGUCACAAAAAUGUUGGGUACUAAUAAUCUGGAUUAUUCCUAUAUGCGCACCACUGCGUUAUUGGCGAUCUGUCGACGUUUAUGGAUUGGCACAGGGACGGGUGUUAUUAUUUCAGUACCCCUUUCUGGAACUAAUGAAAAUCGAGUUGAGACAAAAUUGGAGACCGAAGAUAUACGAGGUCCAGGCGGAUUAAUUAGAGUUUAUGGCGAUAUGACCAAUGAAAGAAUAUCACCUGGUAGUUUUAUACCAUAUUGUGAUAUGUCGCAUGCUCAGCUCUCAUUCCAUGGACACAAAGAUUCAGUGAAAUUCUUCUUGGCUGUCCCUGGUGCAAAUGCAGAUGCCUCGUUAGCAACCUCUACAAAGUCUUUAAAUUAUACUGACAUGCCAUAUAAAUCAGCUUCAUUCAAAAUGCUUGUUGUUUCUGGUGGUGAUGGAUAUAUCGACUUCAGAAUGGGAGAAGAGGAGGAUGUUAUAGACGUGGCAAAUGCAGUGCAAGCUCGUGAUUUAUCGCACCUGAUUGUUUGGGAAUUAUCUACAAAACCUUUCUUUUAAUGGUUUGGCGGCGCACUCUUAUUCAAACAAGAUUUUAAGUUGGGUUACUGGUGUACGUGAAAUUUUGAAUUUUCAUUAAAUUUGUGUUUUUCUGAUUAUAAUUCUUUUUUUCCUUACAUCUUUUUCGUUCCUUUUCGUUAUCUCGUGAUAACAAGGCUAGUCAUUCGCUCCAUAUUUUUGUUUCCAAUGAAAUGAGAGUUCUUAGUUCAUUUCACUAUUCCAAAAAGUUGUUAUGAUUGAUUGUGAAAAACCGAUGCGUUAUUUUUAGUCUUGUGUUAUAUUAUCUGUAGUUCUUUUCGUAAUGUUACUAAGGACAGCAUUCAAUCGAAGCUAGUGUUUGUCAUGUUUUUAAUAGUUUAAUGUGUUCUUAACUCUAUAGCUUUGUGUUUUCAUUUAAGAUGUCUCAUGUACAUGACUUUUAGCUUUAUUGCUUGGCGACUAAAUUUAAUGAAAUUUAAAAUUUCGAAUGUUUGCAACAGGCCUUUCUCCACGAAGUUUUGGAAGCACUUUUUCUAGGACGUACUUGACUUUUUUCGGAAAAAAAAAUGGUGAGAUGGCUGAAAUGGCUUCUAAAAUUUACAAGAUUCUGAAAUAAAUCGCUUA